AUGGCGCUGGGUGUCGAUGUCGUAGCUAUAAUGGAGGAUCGUUCAGUUGGAGAGUUUUAUUCGAUUAUUAAAUAAGUAAGCGACGUAAAACGACGAUGUCAUUGGUUAAAAGCGAUAAAGCUGUGACCGAGAAACUCGAGAGUUCGAAAAAUAUAUUAGACGAAGAAACUUAUACAAAAGAAUUAGAAAACAUUAUUGAAAGAGACUUUUUUCCUGAUCUGCCAAAAUUAAAAGCACAAAUAGAAUACUUGGAUGCUUUACAAACUAAUGAUGCUGCUAAAUUAAGAGAAAUUCAAGUAAAAUAUUGUCCAAAGUCAAACAGACCUGGAACAUCCUUAAGUUCAUUAUGUAAUACACCAAGUACUUUUGAAACACCAAUAUCAAAAUGUAAUAAAUCUCCAGAAAGAAUCAGAGAUGAUGACAAUAUUAAUGAUGAAGAAUUGGAAUCCAAAAAUAAAGAAGAGAAAAAAGUUCCCCUAGAUGAAUUUUUGCAGAAAUAUACGAGUGAAGAUAAUGCUUCUUUUGAAGUUAUUAAAAAAGAGGCAGAAAAACAACAUAAACAAAAAUAUCCUUGGUUAUAUAAGGAUGAAUAUGAAGAGAAUAGCAAGUUACGCACAUUAUUAGCAAUACCACCUAAUGAAAGAAAAGAGAAAGACUUAGCUUUAUGGUCAUACAGAAAUAUGAAUGCACUGAUGUAUGUUCCAGAUGGUUGUGAACUUACUCCAGAAGAAAAACUAAAAUAUACAAAACAACAAGAAGUUGUUCAUGUAAAUUCUCGUUAUCAAACUCCUCCUUUUAAUGAUCAAAUUAAUAAAGCAGUCAUUGCAGAAGCAGCAUCAGUCCAGGCUAAAAUGAAAGAAGGCAAAGUUGGAAUAGAUGGAAAAGAAAUAUUACCUGAUGAGUCACCUAAAGUAAAUGGUUAUAGUUUUGUAGCAACUCCUUCCCCAGCACCAGGUGUUUGUGAGUCUCCUCUAAUGACUUGGGGAGAAAUUGAAGGUACUCCGUUUCGUCUAGAUGGCAGCAACACUCCUUUACCUCAAAAUGUAGGAGGACCACAAUUUAAAAUUCCAGACUUGCCAGCUCGUGAAAGAAUAGCCUUAUCUUUAGCAGAUAAAGUUGCUAAACAACAUAGAACAAAGAAACGAGAAGCCAUGCAGAGAGUACAUUCUACUCUUUUAAGUCCUUCAAAUCUCCGAACAAAUACUCCAAAAACGCCCGUAGAAAGAUUGAGUUCUAUGUCUCCCGCCGCGCAACAGUUAGCAUGUUCCAAACUCGGCAUAAAUCGUGGGACCGACAAGGCACUACGAGCAAGUUACAGUCCUUCCCCCAUCCAUAGUUCCUCCAGAGAGAAGACUCCUCUGCAAACACCAUCACCAACUAUUUCUUCCAGAAGCACUCCGGUCAGCAGCGAAAGACUCAAGAAGAUGGCAUCGGAAGAAAUUUCGCUGACGGACAAUCUCUUGAAGUUACCCAAGAGGCCCAAAGCCUCGGAUUUUUUCUGACGAACAUUCUACGGCGGUCGUAUCUACUUGUACAUAUAUAUACAGAUUAUGUAUUAUAUAAUCAAACACCUUGUAAAAUACAAAGUUAAGUUUCACUAUCAAAGAUAUAAAAAGACGAGUCAUUAGAUUUGAGUUUUAGCUUUUACGUAACAUCGUAAAUAUUGUAAAUGCCGUAACAUGACAAUCAAUACUAUUAGUGUUAUAAAAAGUAAUUUUUUAAUAUCGAUAAUUUGGAAUCUAUACCAAUUUAUUGUACGAAAAAUUAUUUCAAGAUAAUAAAAUUUUGAAAAUUACAUCUGCCACAAAAGUAAAUUAAAUGUAAUUUAUUUGAAAUAAUAUUUGUUUAAUUUAUAAAAUUUAUAUCUAAAUUUACAGUUAGUCAACAUUUAGAAAGCAUUGUAUAUAAUUUUAAAAAAUUGUCAAAUCAAAUAAAAUAUUAAGAUAAACAUAUCUGUCAAUUUAUACUAAAAUUAAUGCAUCGGUUCGAGUCAAACGGAAUUUUCGUAGAUUUAAAAAAUACGUAUUUGUAAAAUCAGUUUCCACAUACUUGGUUCCACGUGUCCGUUUCGAACAUUAAAUACGCAUCAGACACGUAUAUAAAAAUGUACCUCGAAAUCUUACGUCCAUAUUAUUAAUCGGAUUAAAUAAUUUUUCCUUUUCUUAAUGUCAAAAUAAUUUAUUUAUUGCCAAAUUAUGUAUUUUAAUAAAUUAAUUUUUACAAAUAUUUUAAGAUUUUAUAUCAGUUGUAUGUACAUUUUAAAA